AAGUGAGGGCUGGGGAAGGCUUCAGCGCCAGCUCCUAUCAAAAACCUUAUCCCAUCAAGCACCACAAAUUACUUCAAUACUCACAAAAGAUCCCUCUCAGAAAAAGCAAAAAAAGGCAUCCAUGGCAGCCCUGCAUUUCACUCCUCAUUUUCCUUCUCCUUCUCCUUCUUUCACUCUCACCAAACAGAACUUACCCUCAAAACUAUUUUCCCUUGGCUACAGAAACAAAACAAGAUCCCUGAACACUGUAGUCAGCUCCUACAAAGUUGUGAUUGAGCACCAAGGACAGUCUACGGAGCUUGAGGUAGAACCUGACGAGAGCAUUCUGUCCAAGGCGUUGGACUCCGGCCUCGACGUGUCUUAUGACUGCAAGCUUGGUGUAUGCAUGACUUGUCCGGCCAAGGUCAUUAGCGGCACAGUCGAUCAGAGUGAAGGUAUGCUUAGUGAUGAUGUCAUAGAGCUUGGCUAUGCACUUCUCUGUGUAGCUUAUCCGAGAUCCGAUUGCCGCAUUCAGACCAUUCCUGAAGAGGAGCUUCUGUCGUUGCAACUAGCAACUGCUAAUGACUGAAAUUUUUGUGAUUGAUGCUUCAGUUUAAUAAUUUUGACAUUGAAUACACAGCUUCUCGAGUCCUACAUUCGGCAUUUCAUUUUUUA